CUUCAGGACAAAGAUCUUUCUAGUCGGCCCGCGUUUGGGCCGGAGCAUAAAAUUCUUCGUCAGGGAGGUAAAUUUCACUUAUUAAUAGGAGUAACGGGCUCCGUGGCUACAAUAAAAUUGGUUGAGUUGAUCGAGCAGUUACAGAAAACAAGUCCCCCAAAUAAAUUGGUGAUACACGUAAUGGCAACAGCUGCUGCAAAACAUUUUAUCGACUAUGAGUCUCUACAGCAGCCAGUAUAUGAUGACAGUGAUGAAUGGAGCAUGUGGAAGAAAAGGGGUGAUCCUGUACUGCAUAUUGAGUUACGGAAAUGGGCAGACGCAUUACUUCUUGCUCCACUGGAUGCAAACUCAAUGGCAAAGAUUGCUAAUGGAAUGUGCGAUAAUUUAUUGACUUCUGUUGUUCGGGCAUGGGAUCCAAGAAAACCUGUUUAUUUUGCACCGGCGAUGAAUACAGCUAUGUGGGAAAAUGUUCUAACCUACCAACAUAGGAAGACACUAAAAGAGUUGCUCAGAUUUAAGGAAAUUCCACCUAUCGAGAAAGUGUUGAUUUGUGGUGAUUCUGGAUACGGUGCAAUGGCUUCUGUUCACAUGAUAGCAUCAAUUGUUUCAAUCGAGGUCAAAAAUCGUUUUACAGUCUACUCUGACAGCUCCAAAUAA